UGGUGAAGUAAAAGCACAAGGCUUCUCUUGUGCAUUCCUUCGUCUUCUCAAAUUCCAAUCACUUUCAGCUUAAUCGUCUUCUUCCUUUUCAUCCUCCCCUCAAACGAUCAUCGGCCGGUGGGUGUUUGAUUUCUUGUCAAAUGGCGCCCACAAAGAAAUCGAAGAAGCGCAAAAGGGAUUCCAACAAACUCAAGAAAUCGAAAACCUUAAGCGUUGUUCCUAUGGGACCCAGAGCCUCGGAGCCCGAUUGGUGGGAAAUUUUCUGGCACAAGAAUUGUUCAACCUCAGAUUCUCCUGGACCCAAUGAUGAAGCAGAAGGAUUCAAGUUCUUCUUUCGAACCUCGAAGACGACUUUCGACUACAUUUGUUCCCUUGUAAGAGAAGAUCUGAUCUCAAGGCCACCGUCUGGGCUUAUCAACAUUGAGGGAAGACUUCUCAGUGUAGAGAAGCAAGUUGCAAUUGCUAUGAGAAGAUUGGCAUCUGGUGAGUCCCAAGUUUCUGUGGGAGCUGCCUUUGGAGUUGGCCAGUCCACAGUCUCUCAGGUCACUUGGAGAUUUGUUGAAGCCUUGGAGCAACGGGCGAAGCACCAUCUUCGGUGGCCGAGUUCAUCGAAACUUGAGGAAAUCAAGUCCCAAUUUGAAGCCUCCUUUGGGCUGCCUAAUUGUUGUGGAGCCAUAGAUGCAACACACAUCAUUAUGACCCUUCCAGCCAUACAAACAUCUGAUGAUUGGUGUGAUACUAACAAUAACUACAGUAUGUUAUUGCAGGGAAUCGUAGAUCACCAGAUGCGAUUUCUUGACAUUGUAACAGGUUGGCCCGGGGGCAUGACGACUAACCGAUUGCUGAAGUGCUCGAAAUUCUUCAAACUAUGCGAUGUCGGUGAGCGUUUGAAUGGAAAUGUAAGGAAGUUGUCUGGAGAGUCAGAGAUCAGAGAGUACUUGGUUGGUGGAGGUUGUUAUCCUCUUCUUCCUUGGUUGAUUACUCCUUAUGAAAAUGACGACCUAUCGCCAUCGAAGCUCGACUUCAACGCCGUGCACAAAGCUGCAAGGUUGCUCGCUGUGAGGGCAUUCUCUCAGUUGAAGGGCAGCUGGAGAAUCCUCAACAAGGUUAUGUGGAGGCCCGAUAAGCGGAAAUUACCUAGCAUCAUACUAGUAUGCUGUUUACUUCAGAACAUUCUAAUUGACAAUGGAGAUGAACUACAACCAGAUGUUGCUUUAUCUGGUCAUCAUGACUUGGGUUAUCAGGAGCAUUGUUGCAAGCAAGUUGAUCCAUUGGGGAACACUUCAAGGGAAAACUUAGCCACGCAUAUGCAUCAAAACAAAGAGAGAAUUCGUUCUUCAUAACGUCUCGAAAUUGCACCCGAAAUUUGCCCGCGGUCUGGUAAGACCUUGUUUUGUAUCUACACUGAUGAACUGAUGCAUAUUUUUUAACCAUCAUGUUGCUGUUAGUUCAAGUAUGAGUAGUACUUUGUCGAAAAGUCCUAUUUGCUGCAUAUGCGUAAGAGGUAAGACGAAGUUUCGUUAUCGGUAGGAUGAACUGAGUAUCUCACAUUUGAGCAUACUGAUUAGAAUUAAACAGUGAGGGGAAAACAGAAUAGUUUUGUAGUUGAUUUCUUAACAACUAUUCUGCUUGUACAAUUUGGUGUACAUUCAGAAUUUCCCUUAAUAAAGUUCUGUUUUUGGGAAAA